AUGGGAAAUUGUAACGCUUGUAUUAGACCGGAAGAACUCCCUAAAAAAACCCCACAAACCAAGAAGAAAAAAACCCGGCCUAACCCAUACUCAAUAAACCAACCUCAACCGGCCCCGGUACGAGUUUUAAAAGACAUUAUUCCCGCGGUUGGACCGCGUAUUAGUGAUAAAUAUGUCAUAGGCCGAGAGCUCGGCCGAGGCGAGUUCGGGGUUACUUAUUUAUGUACAGACCGGGAGACUAAAGACCGGCUCGCGGUCAAGUCAAUAUCGAAAAGAAAACUACGAACCGCGAUUGACGUAGAAGAUGUAAGGAGGGAAGUAGCUAUCAUGUCUACUCUUCCGGUUCACCCCAAUAUAGUACGUCUAAAGGCGGUGUAUGAGGAUAAUGAGGCGGUUCAUUUGGUGAUGGAGUUGUGUGAAGGUGGUGAGUUGUUUGAUCGGAUUGUUGCACGCGGACAUUACUCGGAACGAGCCGCGGCUACCGUUGCGAAGACGGUUGCUGAGGUUGUUAAGAUGUGUCAUGAUAAUGGUGUUAUGCAUAGAGAUUUGAAGCCGGAGAAUUUCUUGUUUGCUAAUAAGAAGGAGAAUUCUCCUCUUAAGGCUAUCGAUUUCGGCCUCUCCGUUUUCUUCCGACCUGGAGAAAGGUUCACAGAAAUAGUGGGGAGCCCAUAUUAUAUGGCCCCAGAAGUGUUGAGGAGAAAUUAUGGGCCAGAGGUGGAUGUGUGGAGUGCUGGAGUUAUUCUGUACAUUCUUCUUUGCGGUGUUCCUCCUUUUUGGGCAGAGACCGAGCAAGGUGUUGCACUGGCUAUCUUACGAGGAGUGCUCGAUUUCAAGAGAGAACCAUGGCCUCAAAUAUCUGAAAGUGCAAAGAGUCUUGUGAAACAGAUGUUGGAUCCAGACCCUAAAAAGAGAUUAACUGCUCAACAAGUUCUAGAACACCCUUGGAUACAGAAUGCAAAGAAAGCUUCAAAUGUUCCAUUGGGAGAUAUUGUUAGGACAAGACUCAAGCAGUUUGCCGGGAUGAAUAGAUUCAAGAAGAAGGCGCUAAGGGUCAUAGCAGAACAUUUGACAGUUGAAGAGGUAGAAAUUAUCAGAGAUAUGUUCAUGCUGAUGGAUACUGACCGCGAUGGAAAAGUAACAUAUGAAGAAUUGAGGGCUGGCCUUCGAAAGGUCGGUUCUCAACUUGGCGAGGCAGAGAUAAAGCUCCUCAUGGAAGUGGCUGAUGCUGAUGGAAAUGGUUACUUGGACUAUGGAGAGUUUGUGGCAGUGACUAUCCACUUGCAGAAAAUGGAGAACGACGAACACUUCCAGCGAGCAUUCAUGUACUUUGACAAAGAUGGAAGUGGUUACAUUGAGCUGGAUGAGCUUCGAGAUGCAUUGACUGAUGAAUCAGCUGAAACUGAUGCAGAUGUUCUAACUGAGAUCAUGCGCGAAGUUGAUACAGACAAGGAUGGUCGAAUUAGUUACGAAGAGUUCGUGGCAAUGAUGAAAACCGGAACUGAUUGGAGGAAGGCUUCUAGGCAGUACUCAAGAGAAAGAUUCAAGAGUUUAAGCCUUAACUUGAUGAAAGACGGUUCACUACAACUUCAUGAUGGAAUGACUGGUCAUGCAGUUGUAGUGUAAUAUAUGAGGAAGAAGGUUUUUCGGGUUGCUUCUUUUUUUGCAUUUUUCCUGAACCUCAAGUGAUCUCUAAAUGAACCAAAGCAUAACAAAGCAGUAACACUUCAUUCAUGGAGCAUCGAACCAUAAGAUCAUUGUCUCGGAUUGUAUGUCCUCAAGUGUGUUUACUAGCAUCAUCAUAAUCAACUGGGGGGGGGGGGGGGGGGGGGCGCUUCUGAGGUUGGGAGAAAGUGUUGGUCUUGAAGUUUUCGUAAGUAAUUUUUAUAGAUGAAGGUUUUUGUAUUGUAUAUCUCUUCUUUCUUUUUCUUUUUCUAUGGUGAUCAAUUGGUAUUCCAUACUUAAAUCUGUAUAGUGAUUAUUCAAGCUCUUUUUAUAGCAUGUAACAUUAUCAAUUGUCUAUUGGGUAUUUGUAUUUCUUUUAUGCCUAAAUUAUUGAGGCAAAAUUUUAAGAUGAUAUAUGGUUUAUUAA